CUUGUUCAGUGUUGUUGGAGAUGCAGCGCUAUGAAGAUGGAGGUGGAAGAGCGAGUAGGGUUCAUAACUCGAGUCAGCAGCAGCGGUUGAUAAGGCCGGCGAGGAGGGUUCAGGUCAUCUACUACCUCAGCAGGAACGGCCAGUUGGAGCACCCCCACUACAUCGAGCUGCCUUACCUCCCCAGCCGCCAGCUUCGCCUCAGGGAUGUGACGGAAAGACUCACUCUUCUGCGAGGCAAAGCCAUGCUUUCCCACUUCUCAUGGUCCUGCAAGAGGUACGUAGUCAUCGACUCGUCUCCAUUUUGUUCUGUUUCUCGAGUUUCAUUGGCCAUGGAAAAUUUAAGGGGCUACAAGAAUGGGUACGUGUGGAAUGACUUGACCGAGGACGACGUUAUUUAUCCGGCCGACGGAGUUGAGUACGUGCUCAAGGGCUCUGAGAUCAUCCCUGACAGUUAUGAAGGUUUCCGGCGCAUUCCUACCGGCGGCAGGCGGCAGAAGCCACUCCCGGUCUCUGACAAAUUUCACCUGGAAUUGGAAGAGGAGGAGGAAGAAGAUGAGGUAUUGAUGGUGGAGGAAGGGAAGAACACGAGGAACAACGGUAAAUGCGCCGCGAGCGAUAACGCCGGCUGCUGCUCCCGCGGCGUGUCGACGGAGGGGACGGAACGAAUCGGGACUCGGAUCGAGAUGCCGCUCGACGACUCGUCCCCGCCGCCGUCCACGACCUCCUCGGACAAGCCCGGCGGCAGGAACACCUCCCGACGGUUCGAGGACACCGAUCACUCCUCGUCCUUGCUGCUGCAGCUCAUCGCCUGCGGGUCAGCAGCACUGAAACGAGGCAAGAUCGCCGGCUCCGGCAGCGGGGCAAGCAAGUCCGCCCCCACCGCCGGUUCGGGCGGCGAGCAAGGGGCAGUGAGCCGGCGCGUGAGUCGGGCGACGGUGGCGGAAGUGGAGCAACUGCGGCGCGUCCCGGAAAACCCCCAGAUACGCCACCACCUAGUGGACGACAAGGAGUACUUCAGCGGGAGCAUCGUCGAGGGCAGCAAGUACUAUCUCCAGCCCUCUCUCAAGAAAUCCUCCUCCUGCCACGAAGAAAGAUCCUGCAGCACUUACUCUGGGAUUGGAGAAGGGAGGUCGGAGCUAGAGAAAGAAAAUGGAGGAGGAGACGGCGCGAGAGGGAAGUGCAUCCCUGGGAGGAGGAAGUCGUCUGCCAAGCAACAGUGACACAGGAAGGGGAA